AUGCACUCCUUUAGUGGGAAGAAGGCGGAGAACGGCGAAGAGAUGUUGCUUCUUCAUUUGUUUGAGGGAAGAUCAGGCUUGAAGAAAUGGAAUCACCUGAAUGAGGAGAAGGUGAAGGUGAAUGGAAGCCCAAACAUCUUCGUUGGCGCACACCUACUUCUCACGGACUUGAAAGCCGGCCGCAAAUCCCGUGGAGGUGACGCUUAUCCAAGGCUCAGCAAUCGCAACCGCCUCGAGACAUUUAGCCACAUGUUCAAUGAGGGUUCCAUCUAUUCGAUAAGUUGGUUUGACCUUAACAACUUCAAACUCUCUGACCCCCCCUCCCCCAUCCGCUUCAAAGAUCUAACGUCGUUUGUUCAGUUAACUUAUUCCUUUAACCCGAUACUAGAAGAGCUUUUUAGUUAG